GAGUUCUCCACAAGGUACUCUGCUAAAGAUAGCACGUACCGGUGUGUUCAUAGCUUUUCAAGAUGGUAGCGGCGUCUCAGAUCGAUUGUUCUCCACGUCUCCAACUUUAUCGAACGAAAACAAAUGUUGUGUCUUGAGGACCUCUACGUGUUGUAUUUGUGCACUCGCCUAUGUGUAAAUGUGUUGCCUUCGGUAUGUGUAUCAGCGUACGUGGCGUGCUGCUGGGCAAGUGGGCAUGGAGACGGAGGGGGGUUUGGAUCAAGAGAGGCUGCAUUGGGAGCGAUUGCCAGCAUUACCACAGUCGGCGGACGGACCAAGGAAGCCUUGAUCGCCUGAAAAUCACCUAAAUCUGCGCUUAACUUUUUGUUUACCCAUCCAUCUCCAGUUCUCCACGACAAAUUAUGAGAAUUUAUUUCCCCUUAAUCCGCCCCAACGAUCUUUCUUGGGUUCAAAGGCUCACGGGUCACCACAGCCCCAGCUGCAGAAAUCCCGACCCAACGACACGAAGAAGGUCAACACAUUUUCAAACCAAAACGCGAUUGGGCCAACAAGGCAACAGCAGAUACUGGAACCCGGAAAGGAAACCCUCCUCCCUUCCCGUUCCUUCGCCAACGCCCAACGGUCGGCCCAACAACCCGCCAUGGCCACCGCCGCUGCAACCCGCGCCGACCUACCGCCGGCGGAGGAUGACCCGCUCGAGGGAGAGGAAUCGGAAGAGGAGGAGGAGGUGGAGAGCGACGAUGGGUCGGAUGCUGCGAGCCUCGCCGACCUCUGCGACGAGGGCUCCGACGAGGACCCCUCCUUCGACCCCGCCGCCGACAGCGGUCCGGAGGGGGAGGCCAAGCUGUGGUCCGGGAUGGGCCGGCUGUCCAUCUCCGCGCGCAAGGAAAGGAAAGGAUCCAUGGCGCCAAAGAUGGGAAAGGAGGAUACUGAUCUUUUGGUCAUGGUGGACAAGCUGAUGCGGGAUGGUCAGUCGGAGAAAUUAAAGGUGUAUGAAUGCAAAGCAUACUUGAGGAUGCACAAGUUGAGAUUGUCAGGCAAGAGGGAAGUGCUUCUAUGUCGCAUCAGAGAGCAUAUCGAGGUCAAAAAUAAUGGAGCGGUGAAAUAUCCAGUGUCAAGCUUUGUACUGAACUGUAAAGGUGAUGCAUGCAAAGGUGACGUCGUGAUUUUUGAGCAAAAUAUUUACAAAAGGAAAAAGGGAGCUCCUCGUGGUCGUGGAGACAGGGGUCGUCUAUGUGGUCAGAGGACUCUAUGUGGUAAGAGGACGAAUGCAGGUCGAAUAAUCAAAGAAAGCUAUGGCACUGCGAAGCAACAACAUACAUUCACUAUUGAGAUUCUUUGGAGUGAAGGGUACAAACCAUGGCCUCCCCUACAUCCUCUCCUCAUAAAGGGCAGAAAUCUUUACAAGGAUAAGACCAUGAGACAGCCAUGGCCUGAUGAACAGAAAAGGAGCAGAGUCCUACAAGAAAAACAUGCAAGAGGGUUCAUUGCACGUAAGUCAAGGGAUGUCAGGAUUCAUGACAAAGAGAUAGAAAAGAUGAGGAGAUUUAAUAGGAUUAAAGAGAACAGGAGCAAAGGGAAAGAGGACAUAAAUCAAAAAUCAUCUCAAAAGCCUGUGUCCACCAAUACUGUUUGUCAAAGAUCCGAUGAAGGGAGAAUUCCUUCCCUGCAGCAUGGCGAACCUGGGAACACAAUGCAGCACCAUAUAUCUUCAAAGCAAAAUCCUGCCAAUCAUUUGGUGAAUCAACAAUUCCCCUGUUGGCAACACUACAAUGAAGUGCUUCCACAGGAGGGUGCAAUGAGAACUUCCAGGCCAGAGUCCAUCGAGCAUCAGGUUCCUUCCGUCCAACAGGGCGAACCAGAGAAAACAAGGCAACAGCAGAUAUUGUCAAGGCCUGCUCCUGCACAGCAAAUUUUCAAGCACCCGCAGCAACAAAACAAUCAUAGGCCUGAUCCUGCACAGCAAAUGUUCAAGCCCCCACAGGAACACGGCAAUGGUCAGCAACACAACCUGCAGCAGGGUACAACAAAAUCAUUCAGCAUACUUGGUCAAGCUCCUGGGAUUCAUCUUGGAGGACCAGGGAACGCAAGGCAGCUGCAGAAAUCUCCAAAGCCAACUCCUGUGCGGCAGAUCAUGAACCAGGCACAGCCCCCCAACUAUCAACACCGCAAUGAAGUGAUUUUAGAGGAAGCUGCAAAGAAAACUUGCAGAGUAGAUUCUGUUGAUCAUCGGAAUGGCACUUACCAUAACACAGACUCUGUUAAAGCCCCUUGCGUUCAACAUGGGGUGUCAGGAAAUGCAUGGCAGCAGCAGAAAUCUUCAAAGCCUACCCCUAUAGACCAGAUCAAAAACCUGCCGCAGUCCCCAGUACAUCAAUACCAGAGAGGAGUUCUUCGGCAGGAGGUUACAAAGAGAACUUAUAGGGUAGAGUCCAUUGCUCAUCAGAAUAACACUUACCAAAACACAGAGUAUCAUGAACCAGCAUUUCAGCCUCAAGGAGCGAAACAACAGCAACACAAGCAAUCCGAUCACCAACGACUUCAGCCCCUCAGGCCAAAAAAUCAGGAUUUCUCCUCGAGAAACCAAGGUGAGGAUUAUCAUCGUCGCAGGCAAAUGACUCAAGAGCAACACCAUACUGAACAGAGGCAUCAUUGGAAUCAGUAUGGUCGCAGGCAGAUGGCUCAGGACCAAUAUCAGCCCCAACAGAUCCAUCAUCAGAACCAACAGGAUAGCUGGAGCAUGAACCAAAACCAUUUCCCCCAUGAUUAUCAGAAUUACCAGUAUGCCCAACAGGUUCCACGACUGAAGCUAUGCCGCUACUAUCAACAAAAUUUGUGGUGUCCCUACCAAGAAAACUGCAAGUUUUCCCAUGGCAGUUGAAGAAUGUUCAGUGAGGUAGUAAUAUAGUUUUUGCAGUCAGCCUCGUGCAUAAUCUUAUUUAGGUGACAAUUGAGAAUUUUCUUGCUCACUUCGGUCAACUUAUGUUAGCGUCUAAAACCACACGUGGUUGCAUCCUUUGUUGCUUUUCUCUUUUGGUUUAUCACGCUCUUAUAUCAUCUCUGUACAUUUUGAUGAUACCUUCACAUAGCAGAUUGAUGGCUAUCAAAUAAGGACCUUUUGUGCUUAGAUUCAAGAUUAUGUUA